CAGGGAUCAUGCCAAGCAAUAGAUAAGGGAAAGGCCAUAUCAAGGCAAUAGAACACACAAAAUCAUUACUCGGUUGACUAUAUCUCAAGAGCUGUAUUGUAUUGUUCCAAGUUCCACUUCACAUUGGGCCGGAACAUCAUCUGCUGACCCAACUUGUAACCCAACGAUCAAGCCUUACCCCGCGUGCGGCAUUCCCAUUGAUAACGGCACUUGAGAAACAGCAAACACUCAUUCUGUGCAAAAAUGACCGGAACUGACUUCAUCCAAGAUGUCGUGAAGCUCAUCACCGUCCGGUCUGGGCUACCGAGUACAAACCCAACAGCCCCAACAUGGCAGACUCCGCCGCAUCCAACCGUAUCAACCGCAAAGUCCCAUGUCUUGCCCUCAAAAACCGAUAUCAUCAUCAUUGGCUCCGGGAUCACCGGUAUCGGCGCCGCACACUGCCUCUUGAACCAUCCGAAAGGCACUGGUCUCAAGGUGACUAUGCUCGAGGCCCGUACAGCCGUAAGCGGAGCUACUGGCCGAAAUGGAGGACACCUUGUCUCUGAUAGCGAUUCUCUAUUUCCAGCUCUCGUAGAAACAAUUGGUGUUGAGCGUGCGAUAGAGACUGUACGGUUUAGUGAGGCGAACAUUCGUCGCUUAAAAGAGCUUAUCUUUCAGCUGAAUCCAGAGGAUAGAGAAGCGGUGGAAUUUCGCGAUGUGACAUCAGCAACAUCCUUUACUGAUGAAAGUUCAUUCCGAGGCGCUAUUGAAGAAGUCAGUCAAUUACUCAAAGCGGUGCCUGACAGUGAGAUCAAGUUCAAGGUAUACACUAGGGAGGAGGCGGCUAAGAUUUUUAAUUUUACAAAUGCCGUCGGCGCAGUUGCACAAACUGGAGUCGCAGCCUUGUGGCCCUAUCGGCUUCUGACUGCAGUCUUAGCCUCCCUAAGAGAAGAGUUCUCCGACCGCUUUACCAUCGAGACGAACACGCCUGUUCUCUCGGUACAACUUCAAGACGAUGAGUUGGUGUAUCCGCACCUAGUGCGCACAUCGAGAGGAUCCAUCCGAGCUAAACAUGUCAUUCACUGCACUAAUGGCUACUCAAGCCACCUGAUUCCUGGCCUCGUUGGCAAUCUAUAUCCACUACGCGGGACCAUGUCUACGCAGAAACUUGGGCCAGACUUCCCGCCAGCCGGUCACAAGAUGUCUUGGUCCCAAGUUUCUCUCGGUACAUACGACGCGAAGACGGGACACACUCAUCUGGGCCUGUACUACGCUCAACAGAAUGCAAAAACGGGAGAUAUGUUCCUCGGCGGCGAAUCUCAGAGCCUAAAUGGUCUUCUUACAAGCGAUGACUCAAAUGUUGCAGAUGAUGCUCGCCAAUCUCUAACUUCUGCAGCCCCCAAGAUCUGGAAAGAUGCAGCCCCUACAAAGGCACUUAAUGUCUGGUCCGGAAUAAUGGGGUUCACGGCAGACGGUAUGCCGAUUGUGGGAAAGCUUCCCCAUGACCUCACGGGACGAAGUGGAAGCGGGGAGUGGAUUGCUGCGGGGUUCAAUGGACAUGGGAUGGACAAGUGCUGGCUCACUGGUGAAGCUAUUGCGAGGAUGGUUCUAGGGGAGAAAGAUGUCCCGGGGUUUCCCAAGGCAUACUUGUUGAGUGAUGAUAGGGUCAAGAGUUGGUCACCUGAGGGAGCAGCUGAGACGUUGAUGGAUCAUAUCAUGAUGGGAAGCCAGGCUCCAACAAGCCAUCUGUAGUUUUCUCCGUGUAUCUUGCAGAUUAGAAUGACAAAUUGGCGAGUAUCUCGUUGUUUCUUGGACCUCCAAUCCUGAGUGUGAUGCCACUAAGUUCGAAGCCAAUAGUGUCGUACGCUAU